AUGUAUGACACAUUUGAUGACAACUAUGCGGCCACAAUUGGUAUUGAUUUUUUAUCUAAAACUAUGUAUCUUGAUGAUAAAACAGUAAGAUUACAAUUAUGGGAUACAGCUGGACAAGAAAGAUUUAGAUCAUUAAUACCUUCAUACAUAAGAGACUCCCACGUUGCAGUUAUAGUUUAUGAUAUUACUUCUAAAAAGUCAUUUGAAUUAGUUGAUAAAUGGAUUGAAGAUGUUAAAGCUGAAAGAAGUGAAAAUGUUGUAUUAUGUUUGGUCGGUAACAAAAAUGAUCUUGCUGAUAAAAGACAAGUGUCCUUGGAAGAUGGUGAAGCAAAAGCAAAGGAACUUAGCUGUUCCAUUUUCAUAGAGACUUCAACUAAACUUGGUUAUAAUGUUAAAAAUAUGUUUAAGAAAGUUGCCAAAAGUUUACCUGAAUUUGAGGAAUCUAAGAAUAGUCAACCAGAAGGUGAAAUUCCUAUUAGAUCAGUUGUUACAAAAAAUGAUGUUACUCCUUCUAAAUUAGCCACCGAUUUCCCCUUAAAUUCAAACAUUCCAAAACCUGCAAACUCUAUGGAUUAUGUAUUAACAACUUUGGAUAAUGUUGCUGACUGGGCUAGAAAAUCAUCAUUUUGGCCUGUGACAUUUGGUCUAGCAUGUUGCGCUGUGGAAAUGAUGCAUGUCUCAACUCCAAGAUAUGAUCAAGAUAGAUUAGGUAUUAUCUUUAGAGCUUCUCCAAGACAGUCAGAUAUUAUGAUUGUUGCAGGUACACUAACAAAUAAAAUGGCACCAGCUUUAAGACAAGUUUAUGAUCAAAUGGCAGAGCCAAAAUGGGUUAUCUCUAUGGGAUCUUGUGCAAAUGGAGGUGGUUAUUAUCAUUAUUCCUAUUCUGUUGUUAGAGGAUGCGAUCGUAUCGUUCCAGUUGAUGUUUACGUUCCAGGAUGCCCACCAACUGCUGAAGCUUUAAUGUAUGGUGUUUUCAGAUUACAAAAAAAGAUGUUGGCUGCCAAACCAACCAGAAUGUGUAUUAUGUCGGCCCCACUCAUAGCAAUCACUUACCAUUCAAGUGAAGAAAAUGAUCAAUAUCUUCACCAACUAUCAGCAGAGAGGAAGCUCAAACAUUAUUAUUUAAAUAUAUUGAGAACUCAAAUCAAAGAACUUAAACUUUCCAAUGGGGCUAUUAAUGGUGAUCAAGCUAGUCAAGAAUAUGGAUCAGACGCUUCAGAUGACGAUUCAGAUGUUUUAGACGAAGAUGAGCUCCUUUUUAAAGAUUCAAGCUCAAAUCCCAAUGAAAUUCGUGCAUAUGAAUAUAACAAAAUAUCACUUUUGAAAGAUUACCCUGGUAAAUAUAUCAAAAAUCAUAAGAUUUGGACACCUUUCACAAGUCCAAAAUGGAUAGAUUCCAAUUUAGUUGAAGGAAGAGAUCAGUAUAAUCAAGAACUUUUAAAAUCAGGAGAGCCUAUUCCAGCUUCCGAAUUCAACAGUGAAUCCUUUGAUGUUUUUGAUGAAUCAAAAUUCUUAAACUAUUUACAUCUACCCAAAGUAAUGGGUAAAGCACCUUUACCACCGUUGAUCUAUCAUACAACUUGUGAAAUAGAUGGACAAAUAUAUAUACUAGGUGGUGCAACUACUUUAUUCAAGGACAACAACGUUUUGGAUGAUUUAUCAAACUAUGUGGUAGAUGGUGUUAAUUUACCUAGACCACUAAACUCUAAAUUAUUGAACAACCCAAGUAUAAUUCCAAAUGAACGUUUAUAUACGGUUUCCUCAGAGACAAGUUUAAUUUCAAAACCAAAAGCUAGUGGCGAUAUUCCUCCACCUUUGAUUGCAAUGUCUGCUAGUAAAAUAUCAAGCAGACACAUAUUUUAUUAUGGGGGAUUUGAAUUAAUAAAUCAAGUGGCUUAUGAUGCUGAUUCAAAGAAGAUUUACAUAAAGAAACAUGUGAGGCUAAACAACAGUGGAUACGUUUUGGACGUUCGUUGUUUGAAAUUCAGAAAAUUUGAAUUGAUUGCACAUCCAAAUAUGUUUACAAGAUAUCCAUUAACCGUUCCAAGAUUUGGUCAUUCUUCUUGUUCAGUUAAUCUUUCAAAGCAUUUAAAAAUUGAAACAGGAACUGGAGGAAUUGCUGCUACAGUUUUUAUAAUGGGUGGAUUUAGACAGGAUCCUAAUAAUCCUUCAAAAUUCAAACCAAUAAGGGAUUUAUGGAAAGUUGAAUUGUCCAUAACUUACAGGGGAAAACAUGAUUAUAUCAUCUUUGGUGAUAAUGUAUUAGCAACUCCAAUACCGGGGCCAUUGGAUGAUAAUUUAAUCCCUGCAGCAAGAGGAUUUCAUUGUGCUGAAAUUUAUGAUGCCAAUUAUGUUCAUGGAAAAAGAGCUCCAAAUCAAACUAAAAAGUUGCAUAAUCCAAAUAGGAUUGGGAUUGCAAGACCAUCAUCUCCUGCAUCUGUUUUAUCUGAAAGUUCAAUAUCUAGUACACAGAAAAAUGUGAAUGGAAAUGAAACUUUAGAUUUAAAAUUAGUUGUUCAUGGUGGUACAGAUGGUGAAUCAAUUUUUGGUGAUACAUGGAUUUUUGAUUUUGACGACGAAAGUUGGUCACAUGUCUCCACAUAUUUUCAUAACUAUGACGAUGAAGCUCAACCCUUAAAAACAAAAUAUCAGUGUCAAUUCAAGAGAACCGGCCAUGGGGCCAUUUUAAUUGAUAAAUAUAUUUAUAUCAUAGGCGGGGCGAUGCCAUCAGAUUUCAACGAUAUUGAAUUGGAUUCGAAUGAAAAUACUUUACCUGAUAUUUCCUCACUUCUAUCAUCAAUUAAAAACCAAAAUGAUGUCCAAAAUGUUAAAAAUGAUCAUUAUCAAAGACUUUUUGUUUUAAAUUUGAAAACUCAAACUUGGUCUUUGAUCAAAUACUUCCAUGGGAUACUACCUCUGAUAGGUACAAGUGGUAGUCUUACAUCAUUUGGGAAUGUUGGUGCUACUGUAACGCAAGCAAAUUCAAAAGUAUUUGUUAUUGGUGGUCAGAUCGUUCCACAUCAUAAAUAUAAUAAUAACUCAAAAGAGUACGAGAUGAAUUUUCUAAAUGGAGGUAUUUCAAUAUUUGAAUUCCCAUUAGCCACGUCAUUACAACCAGAUUUAAAAAACUACUUAUGA